AGAGAAUCGCAACAAUCAUUUUUCAUCCACUAAAACAAAACAUAAAACAACUCUGCAACUCAUCUUCACACCUCUAAGCCCAACUACACACACUUACACACAGAUAAGAUUUGUUUGGCAAGCAUUUCAUCACAAAUGGCCACGGCGACUUCCAUGGCAACCACAGCCGUCUUUAGUCCUCGCUUACCCACCACCCAUUCAUCUGCCUUGCCUUAUCUUCCACCUCGCUUCUCCACCUCACCCUUUUCAGCUUCGAACAAGCUUUCUUCAGGCUCAAGGAGAUCUCAGUUCCAGAUCAAGGCUACAUCACAAGAGAGCAGCCCUGAUGAUGGUGGAGAGAUACUCGCAGAUCUAAAGGAAAAGUGGGAUGCAGUUGAAAAUAAGUCAACAGUGCUUAUCUAUGGAGGUGGGGCACUUGUUGGUCUCUGGUUAUCUGCUACACUUGUUGGUGCAAUCAACUCCAUUCCUUUGCUUCCGAAGAUUUUGGAGUUGGUAGGACUUGGAUAUACAGGAUGGUUUGUCUACCGAUACCUUCUCUUCAAGUCAAGUAGAAAAGAGCUAGCAUCGGAUAUUGAGUCAUUGAAGAAGAAGAUUGCAGGAACGGAGUAAAAAUGACUAUACUCCAAAGUCGUCUAAUGUCUGUUGUCUUCAUUGAAUUGUAUCAGUGGUUCCUUUAUAAGAAUCGCAUGCUCUUAUAAUAUAGUGUAGUGUAGAUUCUUUCAUGUAUACCUACUACUGUAUGUGCAUCUUUUAAUAAAAGUAUUGCAAUUUGUUUACAAAAUUAAA